CAGCCAUACCUCCUCAGCAGGCGGCGGUUUGGGUGCCAACGCAGGCCUGAAGGAUGUCUGGAGAGUUUGGCGCAUCGCACCGCGCCGCACCAGGGCCAGCAGUGGGGUCAACCGACCGGCGGCGUGCUGCUUAGCGGCGGGCUAGCAAGGGACAGCCCAGGGGGGCAGCGUGUCUGGCCCCAGCUGAGCUCCAGCCGUUGUCAGGGCGCCGCGCUUGGUGGCCGAGACCGGCGAGACCAGCCCGUACCGUAUCCAGCCCGUCUCUGGUAUGUAUCGCCUGGCUCGACGCGUCGCCGCACGCACUGCUUGGGGUAG